GAGAAAGUUAUUAUUGUGAGGUUGCCGAUGAUGCAGCGACACGAAAAUUUUCAAUUUUGAAUUUUCCCUUUUUCUUUUCAUAAAUGAUUAGCAAUUUACCAAAAUUUUCAACACGUUUUUGAAUAAUCCAAUACCAAUAUGGCCAAGGAAGUUUCUAUGUGCACGCAACUGCAACAAUGGAGCCCGGUAAAAGAGAUCGCAGGCGCUCCCAGCGUGCCUCCACAAGUCGGCUACUGUUUCCACUCACCGAAGAAACACCCAUGGCGGCCUAUCAUGGGCUACGAGGAGAUCGAAGUGACUCCUAUGCCGUCGCAGCCGAUAACGAACACGAUGGUGGAUCCGUGUUACACGCCGGCUGGCAUGGCAGCUGAGCCGCUGCGGUUCCCUAACUUGGUGACGGGGUUCGACCGCAGCCCCGAGCACGCGGCCCGCGCAGCUCUCUACACCCGCUACACGCAGUAUGAGUGGAACCAAAACAGCAUCAAGAACUACAAUGAAUCCGAUGCUAAGAGGAACUUCUCUGAACGCGUUCGGAAUGAUAUUAUGAGGAUGCUGCGGGAGACCGACGAGAUCGGCACACAAGGACAGAGGGACUCUGGAAGGAGGAUCGGUGAACGAAUCACUGACACUACCUUCUGGAGGAACGAGGUGUCCAUAGAAAUGGAGCGCCUAGUAUCGACUUGUGAAAAGCUAAACGACACUCGGAGGCAGCUCGAACGUGCCAUUGCCGGCAUUGAGGGACCGCUGCACAUUGUACAGGAGUGUCUCUACCACAGGGAAAAGAGACAGGGUCUUGAGCAGGUGCACGACGCAGUGGAACAGUCCCUCCUCAAGGAGGUGGCCAUUCUGCGCGAGUGCCAGGACAAGUUCCGCAAUAUGCUCGAAAAGGUUCGUGCUCAGUCUAAGAACUGUCGCGCGACGCAGCACGAGCUGGAGACAGAUAUGCGCAACAAGGAGUACGCGCUCGGCAUCGACUCCAUGUGCCAUCAGCUUAACAACUUCUCUAAGGGUCUGCAAUUCUACGCGGGCAUCGAGCGCUACGACCCGACGGUGUGCGACACGGCGCGCUGGGCGGCGGCGUCGGCCGCCACGCUGCAGCGCUCGCAGUCCGAGCGGGCCAAGGCCAUACAGAUGCUCUCAGAUACGGAGAACCUCAUCAACGUGUCAGCGACGGAGAUCUGGGAUCAAUGGAGCAACUCCAACAGCGCCUUCACGCGACGCAUCGCGGAGACCAUCGAGAUCAAGAACAAGCUGCAACUGCAUCUACAUAAGAUCCAGCAAGAGAUCUUCGAUAUCGAGAAGACCCUAGAACUGCUGAACAAGGCGAUCGAGGACAAGCUGCAGCCCAUGAAGGUCGCACACACGCGGCUGCAGGCGCGGACCAACAGGCCGCAUCUAGAGAAGUGCAGGGACGAGGCGCAGAACAGACUGAUAAAAGAAGUAUGCGACCUCCAAGAGACGAUGGAGACUCUGCGCUCCAAGAUAGCGACAGCAGAAGGCACGCACCAGACACUGCUGGGCGUCCGCGCGGGGCUGGAGGCCGAGCUGCGCAACAAGACCACCACGCUGUUCAUCGACCGCGACCAGUGCAUGGGCCUGCGCCGCGGGUACCCCGUCACUGCCGCCAUCAAGUCUUAAGUGUUUUUUGCAAUGGAUAUAGGGGGAAAUUGUCAGUGCAGUCAUUAAAGUUGUUAAAAUGA